AUUAGUUAUUUUGUUGAACCAGAUUUUUUUAUUUUUUUUUUUCACUCGAGUCGAAAUUUAACGAGUGCAUUUUUAUUUGAUAUACAUUUUAAAAUAUGACUUAUUUUAACGUGGCCGUUAUUUGUUUUUAUUUACUAGUCGGUUUCGGUAGUAAUAACCGCCAGACGUGGUGCUAUAAACUGAUGAAAAACGAUGAAAAAUGUCCGGAAGUCAGGGCCAGAAGUAAUUGCGAUUUAGAUGCAGUAAGAAAGCGAUUUUGUUCAUUAUACCUAUACAUAAUAAUAUACGCCUAAUGUACAAACAAUGAAAUUAAUAGGCAUCAUUAAUACACCUAAACGCUUCCUAAGACCUUUUACAUUUUAUAGAUGAAUACGAUUGGACAGAGAUAAUUCGAUACUUAAUAAUAUGCAAUCAAGUGGAUAUUAAUUACAUUGUUAUUGUUUAUAUAGAAUACGAUAAUACUAAACGGAUAGAUUAAGAAUGAUUUUUUAUUUUAAAAAUAACAUAUGUGUCGUGUUUUUGUAAAUUUCAAUAAUAUACUUCUAUAAGAUCAAUCCGUGUUGUGUAGAUACUCUAGUUAAAAUAUUAUUUUGAAGAACUAAUGGUUUUUUUAAAUUUUUUUAUUUAUGUAUAUAUAUAUUUUAUUGAAUCAUAUUAUUAUAUUACAUGUUUUAAUAUACUGGGGUGGCCCAGAAAAACCGGACAUUCUUCAAACAAACAGCUAGCUAUAGUCUAUGUAUACCUACAUAUUCAUCCGUCUAUUAUGUACAACAUAAACGUACUUAAAUACUGCGAAUAGUUUCUAUUAUUUAUUUAAAAUCCUAAAACUGAUCCAAAGUCAUAGAUCAACAAAUAUUAAUGUUUCGAAGAUAUUAUCCACUAUGUGAGCAGAAAUAUUAUAUGAAAAAUUUAUUCGAAGUUUAGCGAGUACUAAUAUUGAUAAUACACAGUUACCUACUCAUUAUGUUAUAUUUCAAUAUUUAAAAAUAAAAAUAGUUAGACAACUUAUUAAUGGAAAUCGAUAGGCUACACGAUAUUAUAAUAGUGUGUAAUUCAUAUAACAUAUAAGAUUUUAAAUUUUGAUUAGAACCAGAACAUUUUUUUUUUUACACAUAUUUAUUUUUUAUUCGUUUUAAAAUAUUUUGAACUUUGAACAUAUUAUUUUAUAUCAGUGGCGUAUUUAGGGGGGGGGGGUGUAGGACACAAGGAUCCCGUUGUCUCCUUAUUUGCCGUAUCUAUGUACAUGUUUUAUAACUAUUACAGUUACUACGUAAAUGAGUAUAACCUUACGUAAUAUACACCUUAUUGUAUAAUUUGUAUUUAAUCGUCAUGAUAACUGAUAAAGUGUCAAGAUGUACACGGGACAUUAUGAUAAACAUUUUUUGGAACAAAAGAUUGUUGCUAUAAAUGCCUUAUGGAACAAAUUGUAACGUUUUGCUGUCAUCGUUGCGAUGAUAAUUGUAAUAUUAUUUGAGAUUAGAGAAUAUAAUAUUUUAUUGUAACGAGUAGUCCUCGACGCUGGCGUACGUCAAUAUUCUGUUUUUAAUUUUUAAGCGUAUUACACUAAUAGGUACAGAGUAACGAAUUUUUAAUAAAUUGAACAUAAAUAAAUAUAAAUACCUAUUGUUAAAGAAAGUGUACAUUUUUAAACUGUCGAUUAUAUAUUUGUUUUUUUCACAUUUAUUCGAAUGAUUGAAUAUUUGUGUUUUUUUGUGCCCACCCCCCCGAAUAUUAUAAUUUCUUAUAAUUUAUAUAUUAUAGAGAUAUAGCAACAUAUUUCUGCUUUCUACUUAAAGUAAUUAAUAUUAUGCGAAGCCACGAACAAAGUACUAUAUCAUAUCGUGAAAAACGAUUAUUAUUUAGAAAAUAGCAUAAAAAAAAUAUUGUUAGAAGGUAGGUACAAUAAAUAAAAAUAGCUAUAAACCAGCAAGAAACAAUGUUACUAAAAAUAAACACAUACAUAUUUCUUCAUUAACUGUGACUACUUUUAGUAUUAAAAAAUAACAAAACCUAAAUAAAUCAUAUCUAUAUAGGACUUUUUCUUAAUAACGUAACAUAAUGUUUUACGAGUAUAUUAUGCUUGACCGCGAGAGAAGUCGGUAAAUUAGUCGGGUCUAUAGAAAUACAGCUCGCGAAGAAUUUUUGUGUGGAUAUCCUAAUAAAACAAUUUAAAAAAAAGAUAAAAAUAAAAAAUAGUUAUUUCAUCUCUUUUAUUUAAUGUGCCUCGAAACAUUCAGACUCGCUCUCACUGCAAUCGUUUCAUACAAUUUACAUUUAUUUUUAAUGUCACCUUAUUAUCGCACAACACUCUUAUUGUCGCUUCGCUCCGUAUAUGAUACCAUCAAACCAUACUAACUUUACUAAUAUUACAUACAUAUCCUUCAUAAUUAUUCCUCUAUACCUACUUAAACUCGAAGUAUCAGACUUAGGUAAUUUGGCAUCCGAACCUACCCCAAUUCCUUAACCUGAAAGUUUUCUUUCACGAGAUCUACCCCAGGUUAUUCGAUAAGGUGCGUUAUGAUUGUGUACGAUACAAUUGCGUACGGACAUUUUUCUCUAUUAUGAUUGCGAACGUUCUACCAAUCCAGAUUUAAUGUAACGUUGCCGUUGCAUGUUCACAAGCGUGAAAUUUGUGAAAAAUUUGUAAAUUAACUUAUUUUAGGAAAAACCUUUGAUUAACUAACCUUUAAGGUACCUAUAGUUUGAUAAACGUAAAUGUGACAUUAUUUCCAUGACUACUUCCAACACUUAAGUUAUCUAAAAAAAUAACCGCAUAUAAUAUACCUAUACUACCUAUUCGCUUAUUUAAAAUUAUGGUGAUGUAUUACAUUUUUUUCUGCAGGGACUGGUUAUCGAUACCAAAGUUUUACAUUAUAAUUUAUUAAUUUAUUAAUUUAUAAUAUUUUUUAAUUGACUACUAUUGAUUUUAUUUCAAUAGUACCUGAUAAAAUAUAACUUAAAAUAAUUUUUUAACUAUUCACGCAUAAUUUUUACUUAACAGUUAGUUUGCUAUAUUCAUUAUAGCCACUAGGUAUUCGUAUGUUAUACGUUUACAUAAAAAUUGUACACAUAUAGUAAAUAAACUGAAUAGUGUAUGUUGACAACGUUGCACUCAUUUUUGUACACAAUCGUAAUAUUUUUAAGAGUCAGGUACAGAAAUUGUACGUACUCGUACACAUGUAUGUAAUCGGGCCACCAAAAGGGACAAACGUACGCAAUCAUAUAUCACCGAUUCGAUAGGUAAUCAGUGUUUCUACUAUGGAUAGUUGUCAAUUACAAAUUAUCCCUAUAUAUAUAUGAUGAUAUAUAUAAAAAUAAUACUCAUGGAAAACGUGUGCUACAGAUUAAAGGGGCGUGGAACGUGAUCGAGUAUUACGCGAGCUCUGAGGAGGUGGAGAUCUAUAGAUGUAUGAGAUCGACAUUCAACCUGUCGCCGGACGUGCCGGAGAUUUCCAUGAAUUUUACGUAUAGCUACGCAGACGACCCAGACAACGAGUUGUUAAUCGGGAACAUCACAUGGAACAUCCCGAACAUCGAAUUUCCCGGUCACUGGGUCCACAUGGAAACUCCGUGUAAGUCUAACGUAAUAAAUAUACAAUGCGAAACAAAAAUUACUCUUCCACACAAAGGGGUACGAUUAAGUAAUUUUUUUUUUAGAGGAGGGGGGCAUCUAAAGUCCUUCAUUUGUUUGCUCGUUCGACACUCGAUAUAGUCUAUUAACUAUACGACUGACUGUGAUCGUAUUAUUUUGGAUAAAGAAGUCCAUUAUUUAGUCAAGUCUGCAAAUAAAACUGUAAAAAUAACGAGACGCGAAAAACACAUUUUGAAUUUUCAUUUUAUUUUUCGUUCGAUUUAUUUUGGGCAGAUGAAGGCGUUUACAACACGUACGUGAUGGACUGCAAGGACACGUGGGCGGUGCUGUUGCACUGCGCGGAAAAACCGUCCAGCCCCCGUUACCUGUCCAGUAUCCUGUUGUCCAGGAACAGGACAGUGCCGGUCAACGUGCGCAGUUACGUGCACGACAAAUUGCCCAAGUACGGCGUACAGCUCGAAUACACGUUCCCCAUGGUCCAGGACGAUUGUAGUCCCGCCAUUGAGCCCCUGUACUAUGGUGGUACGAAAAUUGCUUCGACCAAUCAGAAGAAGACCGCCAACAACAAGCAUCCCAUGUUGCACAAUGACCACAAACAGACCGAAAUCGAUGAAAAUAAUUCCGAUUAACGUUUUCUUUCGAGUUAUCGCCAUAAAUGAAAAUAUAUUAUCAAAUAAAAUAUAAGUCUUUAAUUGACGUCGUUUUGGAUUAUAAACAUGUACAAAUAUUUCGACCAUAAAAAAUUAUACUUUACUGAAAUUAAAUAAAUCGUAUAAUCUUAUUAUUAUUUUGAUAUUAAAAUUUAUUAUUUUUAAAUUCUGAACGGAGCGAGGACUGUAUUGGUUUUACAACGAUGUUUAUUAUUAAUUUUUUUUAUCUGUAGACAACUUUCCUACCAGCAAUUUUGCUCCGAUUUAUAAUGAUAUCAAUUGUUAUAUACAAAAGGAAAUCCAACUGGGGAGGUACUUUAAA